CUUAUAAACUUCAUACAAAUAUGGCUGAAGACGGUGAGACUAAGGUUUCCACAAGGGGAAGGGGACGCCCACCAAAGGCUGCAUCUACCAAGAAAGCUGCUGCUAAGAGAGCAGCUCCUGCUGAGGAUGGAGCCGCUGCGGCCAAGAAGGGGCGGGGACGUCCAGCUGCCGCAGCAAAGAAAGCUGCUCCCGCUAAGAAGGGGAAAGGAAAGGCUAAGAAGGAGGAGAAGGAUGAAGACGAAAAAGAGCCUGCGAGUGCUGAAGAGGAAGGAAGUGCUGGAGAGGGAGGAGAAGGAGAAUCUGAAUAAAGUACAAACUAAACUACCUCCUCAAAUAAUGUACUGUACUGUCAACCUCUUGUAAUUGUACUAAUCUUUGACAAAAAAAGAAAAUUAUGUUUCAUGUGACCUUUUGACGUAGGCUUAAUAAAUAUUUCUUUGAUA